UUUCCCCCCUCUCUCUCUAGCCACUGUAGUCUGCAGAUCAAAGCUCUGGCCAAAAUCCAUGCGUUUGUUCAAGACACGACCCUGAGUGAGCCUCGGCAGGCAGAGAUCCGGAAAGAGUGCCUUCGACUUUGGGGGAUCCCAGACCAGGCUCGAGUUGCUCCUUCUUCCUCAGACCCCAAAUCUAAGUUCUUUGAGCUAAUCCAGGGCACUGAGAUUGACAUCUUCAGUUAUAAGCCCACACUGCUCACCUCCAAAACCCUGGAGAAGAUCCGCCCAGUGCUCGACUACCGCUGCAUGGUGUCUGGCAGCGAGCAGAAGUUCCUCAUUGGCCUGGGGAAGUCUCAGAUUUACACAUGGGAUGGCCGCCAGUCAGACCGCUGGGUCAAGCUAGACCUGAAGACAGAGCUACCCCGGGAUACUCUGCUGUCUGUGGAGAUCGUCCAUGAGCUGAAAGGGGAGGGGAAGGCCCAGCGGAAGAUUAGUGCCAUCCACAUCCUCGAUGUCCUCGUGCUGAACGGCAGUGACGUGCGGGAGCAGCACUUUAACCAGCGAAUUCAGCUUGCUGAGAAAUUUGUGAAAGCUGUUUCCAAGCCCAGUCGGCCUGACAUGAAUCCCAUCAGGGUGAAGGAGGUGUACAGGCUGGAGGAGAUGGAGAAGAUUUUUGUUAGGUUGGAAAUGAAGAUCAUCAAGGGCUCCAGUGGCACUCCGAAGCUCAGCUACACAGGGCGGGAUGACCGGCACUUUGUGCCCACGGGCCUCUACAUCGUCAGGACGGUGAAUGAGCCGUGGACUAUGGGAUUCAGCAAAAGCUUCAAGAGGAAGUUCUUCUACAACAAGAAAACCAAGAUCUCUACCUUUGACCUCCCUGCAGACUCCAUUGCCCCAUUUCACAUCUGCUACUAUGGCAGGCUCUUCUGGGAGUGGGGGGAUGGCAUCCGUGUGCAUGACUCCCAGAAGCCCCAGGACCCAGACAAGCUGUCCAAGGAAGAUGUCCUCUCGUUCAUCCAGACACACAGCGCCUGAGGGCGUGGGGAUGCCCACCCCUGCCGAAUGACCUGUCGUUCUCUGAGUCAGGGCGCUCUGCCUGGGGCUCACAGUACUGGUUUUUUCCCCUUCAAGGAGAGGGACUGGGGAGCGCAGUCACUGCAGCCUGGCCAUAAGGGGUGGGUGGUCUCUCCCUUCUCCCUGAAGAACUCAGUCAGGGGCCUUCAGAGGACUCUCACGUUCCUUCUGGGACACCUUUUGAACUUCCCUCCCCGGAGACCUGCCUGCCAGGGCUCAGCCUGAGGAUGUUGCUCCUACAGCGGUUUGAGGUCAGGGCCCAGGGAGCGUGCGGCCAGUGGAGGACGUGUCAGAGAACAGCAGGGCCUUGGCUCUGCCCUUCUCUCUUGUAUCCUGUAGACUCACUUUUCUGAGUUCCGUGCACUGCCCCGAGGGCGGCCAUGCUCCUGCGCUGCCCAGCUUUUUAUUGGGCCGACCCUAAGUGGGUGUAGGCCAGGGGCAGCUGCUGUACAAAUCAAGGUUUUGUUUCUUUGAACUUGCUCUGUUUUGAUGUCAAGUUGGAGAAGAUUUUGUCUGCUGCCCUGACCCCUGUCCUGGUCUUCCCUGGAGUUCUUCUCAGCCGGACCUCUGACAGUCCCGCAGGCCGGGAAGGGAGGCAUGUGGGCCACACAUCCCUGACACUGCAUCAUGACACAGGUAGUGUCUUGGCAGUGGGUGUGACUGCCUCCUGGGGUUGUAGAGCCUUCCUGGGCCCCAUCCCCUUUUGAUCCGAACCUUGGGCAGCUCUAGAGGAGGAAGCAGCCUUGAAGACCUGCCUUUUUCUAUGCCCCAGAGCAGUGGCCCCCAGGCGACACAGGGUACCUCUGGGGUUGGGUCACACCUGGGCCUUUGGCAAUCAUGGCUCCCCCAUUUGCCACAGCUACCUUGCUAACCCCUCCCUUCGUUUUUCUUGCCUAAUAGGAAGUACAGUCACUUUGUUUGUCCUUCUGUGGUCACUCCAUUUCCUCUGUCUUGGCAGAGGGGGAAGAGGGGAAGCUGGGCAGUAGCUCUGGGUGGGGGAGGGCAGCUGUGGUUGUUUUUAAUGGGAAAUACCUCUCAGAGAUGCUCCUAGGGGCUCCCUAGAGCCCCAUCCCAGUGCUGGGCUGGUUUCCAUGGAGAUAGGGCACUGAGACUCCCUGUGAGGUUGGAACUGUACCUGGGGGGAGGGUCUCCAGCCAGCAUCCAGCCCCUCCCUCCCCCCAGGUUGGCGGCAGCACCGCUGAGAAAGCUGUAUUUCCACCCACUUCUGGGUAUAUCCGUGUGUCUUGCAGAAUCUUGGAUCAUUAAAGAUAAACAUAUUUUUAA